GAGUGUUUUGACGUAUAAACCGUAACCAAAUGGCCCAUUUGAACUGCUCUUCUAUAAGCGUCUAUAUAUAAAUGAAAUAUGAAUUCUUCAAAACUUUCUUCCAUAUUCACUUAUAGAAAUUUAUUCUGGAAACGAAAAAAGUCAUAUUUUGGAAAGUACAAUGUUGUUACUCCAGGCAAUGUUUCUCCAAUGUUAACUGUUCCAGAAGAAAUAGAAAAACCUAGUUAUUCUAUAUCUGGAAAACCUGCACCUUCACCUGACUUUGCUGAAAUAAAAAAUGUACAGCAGAUGUAUAAGAUGAUUGAUUCAUGCAAAUUAGCAGCAGAUAUUUUAACAAAAGUAGAAAAAAUUAUUAAGGUUGGAAUUAAAAGUGAUGAAAUUGAUAUAUUUGUUUUUGACACAUGCUUAGCAAAUAAUGCUUAUCCCUCUCCUUUAAAUUAUAACCAUUUUCCAAAAUCUGUGUGCACAUCAAUCAAUAAUGUAGCUUGCCAUGGAAUUCCAGAUGACAGACCACUAGAAGAUGGGGAUAUUAUUAAUGUUGACAUAACAGUGUAUUACAAUGGAUACCAUGGAGAUUGUUCAAAAACAAUUUUAGUUGGUAAUGUUGAUGACGAAGGAAAACACUUAGUAGAAGCCACAGAACUCUGUUUAAAUGAAGCAAUUAGCAUAUGUAAACCCGGUACUUAUUUUCGUGACAUAGGAUAUUGUAUUCAAGAAAAAGCCGAAAAACUUGGAUUCCAGGUUAUACCUUCAUUUAUUGGACAUGGCAUAGGAAGAUAUUUUCAUGGACCCCCGGAUAUAUAUCACAUGAAAAAUAAUUAUCCAGGAAGAAUGGAAUCUGGCAUGACAUUUACAAUUGAACCCAUAUUAACACAAGGUGAUCAGUACAUUGUAAUAUUAGAUGAUAAAUGGACAGCAAUUACAGAAGACAAUGCACGCACUGCGCAAUUUGAACAUACAGUGGCCAUUACUGAUACCGGUGUGGAAAUAUUGACUAAGUAAUCUAUUGUUAUAUUUGUUAAUAAAUGAGUUUGCCAUC